AUGAAUAAUCCUACAGGUCACAAUAAACUGUAUAAAGUAGUAAAUCCUCUUACUAGAAUCCCGUUGAAUUUCAAGUGCAUUAAAGGAGGCAAAUAUAAGGAUAGUCUAAAAUUGGGUGAUUUGGAGCGAAAAAAACUUGCUUUCACUGCCCGAAAUGAAUGCCCUUACCUUCUGAGACUCUCUAAUCUCAAAAAUGGAGGAUUUAAAUUUCGUUCUGCCAGAAGUGAAGAGGAAACUUUUCACAACCAUCCCUUGGAUGAGGCCAAUUUGCUGAAUACGCAUAAAGGUCGUUACAGUAACUUGGAAGUUGAAGAGAUUAGAGCUAUCAGCAUUGAAAUUGAUCAAAACUCCAAAGCUCGUGACAUCCAAAAGUCAAUUAGCAUUGGAAAUAAAUACAACAAAGUAACUGUCCACGAUGUAAACAACCUCAAAUAUUUCGCCAAAAAACCAGAAGCCAUAUCCAAAGCUUCUGAAAUAGAAGCAAUCAGAUUGAUUGAGGCAAUGGAGAGCAAAAACUUUGUUCUUGCCUAUCAAUUUAAUGCAGCUAAGUUUUUGAACGGCAUCUACUUACCAACAAAGCAAUGA